AGUUGCAGCCAUUUUUGCUGCAGGGAGGCGGGGAGGGGGGGGGGCGGCUGUUAAAUGAAGCCCGGCCGCCCUCGGCAGGAUCGCUACAGAUCAGGCAGCGAUCAUGUUGCGGCUGCGUUGUAAAGCGCGGAGUGGGUCCUUUCCGCUUCCCGGCCUCACGGCGCAUUCACGUCUACACGAACUCCAGGCCGUGAUCGCUGCCCUCACCGGUGUCCCCAUCCAGGCCCAGCGCCUGCUGCUCGGCUUCCCCCCCUCGUGCCUCGACCUCAGUGAUGUAGAGCAGCGCCUCGGAGAGCUGGGCAUUCAUUCGGGUGAUACUCUAAUAGUUGAAGAAGAUGCAACCAAGCCCAAGACUGAUUCAUCUAUAGUUACAAAGCGGACUGUUCCUAAUUCAGUUAGAGAAGCUGUUCCUGUGCUUGCCCGAAAGGUGGUUCCAGCUGACAACUCAUGUCUUUUUACCAGCAUAUAUUAUGUAGUAGAAGGUGGGGUUUAUGAACCAGGCUGUGCCCCAGAAAUGAGAAAUCUCAUUGCCCAAAUUGUAGCAAGUGACUUGGAAUCCUAUAGUGAGGCAGUCCUAGGAAAAAGUAAUCAGGAAUACUGUGACUGGAUCAGAAGAGAAGAUACAUGGGGAGGUGCAAUUGAGGUUUCUAUUUUAUCUAAAUUCUAUCAGUGUGAAAUUUGUGUAGUUGAUACCCAGACAGUCAGAAUUGAUCGUUUUGGGGAAGAUGCUGGCUAUGCUAAACGGGUGCUUUUAAUUUAUGAUGGUAUUCACUAUGAUCCACUUGAGCGUAAAAUUCCCAACUCAGACGUUCCUCCCCAGACAAUUUUUUCCACAACUGAUGACAUUGUCCUUGCACAGGCUUUGGAAUUAGCAGAUGAAGCCAGAAGAAAAAGACAGUUUACUGAUGUAAAUCGGUUUACAUUGAGAUGUAUGGUUUGUCAGAAAGGAUUAACAGGGCAAGUGGAAGCCAGAGAACAUGCCAAGGAGACGGGACACACCAACUUUGGAGAAGUGUGAAUUUUUUGUGAGGUUGGUCAUGUUUACUACCUCACUGAUCCAGAACAAGCCUCCAGAUUAUUAAAUAAGCUAUAUGUAAUGUUACAGAUUCGUUCAAAGUUUGAAAGCCCUAAAUUUAAUUAUGGCUGAUAUGCACAGGGUUGCAGUUGAUAGUGUAAAAUGUUUACAAGAGUGCAUGCAGUGGUGUCAUAUUUUCCAAUUAUCUUGGAGUAUUCUUUUGCACAACUAAGAACUAGAGAUAACAACUGAUACCAACAGGUGUAUCAACUCUUGAAAAAGAAUCUGAGCAGCUGCUGAAAGAAUUUCUCUAACACAACUGAAUAUAUACAUUGCUGUAGCUAGCUAGGCCUGCAUCAAGGACUUUAGAUGAAAUAAAAAUUUCAGCUCCAGUACUGGAUUUUUGAUUCUGGAAUCUAUGAAAUAGUUAAGCUGGUUCCAUUCAUAUCUGAAAAAAUUACUUGUACCUCAGUUUUGUUCAUGUGACGUGUAUGUUUUUGUAAUUUAAAGCAGUAAUCCCAAAGUUAUCUUAUUUGAAAUUGCUGAUUUGGAAAACUGUGUAUAAAAAUAAGGAAUGCGAGUUACAUUUUCAGCAGUGUUAGAAAGUAAAGUUACUAAUAAAUUUGGAUAAUUCCAUAGUGCCUAAUAUACCAGUAUACAUUAAUUAUAUUUUUUAAAGGGUAUAAUCUGUUGGGGUGUUAAUAUGUAUAAAUAAUAGGGCCUUCAAAAUUGUAACAAAUCCAGCAAUAUGAAUCAGUGUAUUCAUCAUAUGGAUAAAUAAUAUAUUGUAGCUAUAAUAUUUCAAGGGGAAGCUGUUUCAUAACAUCAGAUUGUUAAAUUUAAUGUCAAACCUUAGGGCAGAGUGGUAUGUUUCCAAAUUGUCCCCUUUUCUAAGUAUUGCAGUGUCCCUGAUAACAAUCAAAUUAUUCUCUUUGAAAGUAGUAUAUCAGAGAAAAUCUUCAGAUGUGGAUACACUGGAGGUAGAGGAAGGGAGGACAAGGUAAUUGCCAACUGGACUGGUGCUUCAUAUUAAAAACAAAAUUUAGCGACCUGCAUCCAAAAUCACAAAGUGUUGGCUAUUGGAAACCAUUGCACUCUGGUCUGAUUUGUUACAUAACUUCCGUGCACACAUCCUUUCACUGUUGUAGCUCUUAACUGAAAAACUCAUUCACUAUUGUAAGCCUUAUAAGAGUGUGUGUGUGUGUGUUGCAUACAUAAACACAAAUGCUGUUUGCUAAUAAGACAUGUUUUAUGAAUAAUAUGGUUUGCAUGUGGUAGAAAAGUUAUACUUAAUCUGAGGGGUUUUGUAGGCAGUAGAAAAUGUAUUGGGAUUAUCUGAAUUAAAAUAAUUUACAAGUAAAUUUAAAAGGAAAGGCUUUAGCAUUUGAGAGAAAGGGGGAAAUUAAAAUGUGAGAUUGUAAUGAUGUGUGGUGAUCAAAACUGGUUUAAUGCAUGCUGACUUAGAAAUAAUUCAAAUUAUCAGAAAAUGGACGUGGUUUAGCAAUUUAGUUGCCGUCAGUGAAAUAGGCAUUAGGAAAUGAGUAAUUUGGAUCUAAACAUCUAAUAUUUCUUGGCACCAAAUGAUAUACUUGUACCUUUUUUAGGUCCCAAAUGAAUGCUUGGUUAAUUGCUUUUUCCAUUUAUUUUUAAUGUAACAUGACCUAUAAAAUUUCAAUCAGGCAUAGGCCGGGUCUCAUCUCAACGAAGUUUGCUUUAGUGCAAGGAUUUGCAACUUUGUGGGGCUUAUGGAUAUAUUUGGAAUCUUGAGAACCAAGAAUAUAGUUGCAAAAUGGCUGCCAGGGAGGGUUUCUCCAGUUUACAAAAUGAUAGCUAUAGGGAAGUUAAACAUCAAUUUACCUGAACUUACACAUACAACAGACCCCCCCCCCCCCAAAAGUAAGAACUAUGUUGCAGUAGCACAUUAGUUUAAAUAUUUUUAAGAAAGAUUAUAAUGGUAUAUUGCUUUGCAGUAAAUCUGGUUCCCAUUAAAAAUAAGAUUAUUUUUUAAAGAUGUAUUGUAAAAUACAGGUGUGUCAGGAAAGGUGUGUCAGGAAAGCUAAAUGAAUGAGAUACAACUAGGCUAUGUAACUUGUCAAUAUUCAGAUUUGAUUUGAAGUUCCUGAUCUGAAGUUAAAGAUUUGGACCUAAUUUAAUGUGCUGACAGUCAAUGUGAAAAUGCACUUUUUAAUCAAUUCAGAAAUCAAGAGUGAAUUUGUAACUGACCAAUUCUGGCAUGCUGUACUUAAGGUAUUUUAGGUUUUUUUCAGUGACUUGUAACACUUAACACAGUACAACUUAAAGACUUUUUUUGUAUUUGAAUCAGAUAUUUUGAGUUAGUUUCUGCUCUUGUAUACUGAAAAAGUUCUCAGUCUAGAAACAUCAAAAGAGAUCUGCAAUCACUCAUUUCCCCAUAUAUAAUGGGUUAAAUAACGUAACUAAAUUGUAGGUCUUAAAUGGAAAACAAUACUAAAUUAAAUUAAAUGUUGAUUUUAAGAAAGGGGAUAUGCACAUCUGCUCAGAGUAAACCCCAAAGUGGUGGACUUCCAGGAAAGUCUGUUACAACUACACUAGCUAGUUUAGAGAUAUUAAGGAUAACUCAGUUAAGACUAAUAAAGUGGUACUUUUGCCAAAAGCCUUAAAUGAAACAACUGCAAUUCUACUUGUUACAGUAUAGGAAAAUGUUACCAAACUCAGUAAUCUGCAUGCUUUUAUUGGCCAAAAAGACUAUUAGACAAGAAUAUUAUAGUAAUUUAAAGUUCUGCUUUAAAUAAUGAGAAUAAAAAGUAUGGGAAAUAAAACCAUUUUACAAUUAAUAUUGAUACUGAUCUCUUUAAAGUCUAAAAUAAGGUUAGUUGACCUUAAAAUCCUGUACAUAUAUACUUGGACAUAAGUAGACACUGGAGAUUGCUUCUCUCUAUCAGAGACACGCACACAGACAAAUAUGACUCUAUUCAAGAAUUUUGUAUGGCUCAGUUGCCAAAUAUGGUUUGACAAAUAGGGUGUAAUUUAUACAAAACAUGGAUGUGUAAUAUAUUAAGCAUUUAAUCUGUAGCCAUAUAUCUACAUUUACGUGGAAAAACAUGAUUGAAAUUAAUAAGACUUAGAGGAAGAAAAGAUGUAUUCCGAGACUUGAAUAUAUUAAUACACUAAGGCCUUUAAACCUUGUGGUUUGGGAGGAGAAAUCAUAUUUGUUCAUAGACUGGCUGAGAUUACAGUUAAACCUAGAUACUGUAUUAAUCUCAUUUUGUUUGCUGUAGAAUUGAUUACAUGCACUUAUCAAAGGUGAUGAGAAACUGACCUGUUUAUAUUUCAUUUAAGCAAAGGUGCUAAGAGAAGCUUAUUUUGUAUAUUGUGUUCUAUUAAAUAUUUUUAAUUUUAGAGUGUACUUUUUGCAUUUUUGCUUUAAGGUUUGUCUGGAGACAUGGGUUUAAAUCACACUAGUUCACUGCAGAUUAUUGUAAUAAGUAAAAUUUAAGUAUUCCUAUUUUACCAUCAGUAUUAUAAUUUUUAAUUAAAAUAUUUUAAUUUUUAAAAUAUAGCACAAGUUAGUUUUUAUUGAACUAUUGUCAUAAAUAUGUUUCUCUACAGAUGCGCACAUACACAUAUAAAGAUCAUUAGUUGCACUGAAAUACAUUCAAGAACUAAAUGUUUAUAUAAAAUAAAUCCUUGGUGGAUUUAGAAAGAAAUAAAAACAAAUGUAAUUUGACAUGUUUCAUUUAAAUGGUGGUUAUCUGAUAUCUUGUAAAUUUGGACAAUACAGAAUAUUAUUUCCUUUUGUUUAAGUAUGAAGAUGGUAUAUUUUGGUACCAGAUUUGGAUUACUUUUUAUCCUUGAUAGCUAUAAAAAGAAAGUCUUUUAAGCUGGUAAACAUAUUUUGCGAUAAUGGGUUGUAAUACUUAAACAUUAUGAUUUUCUCUCUAUUUUAAAAUGGCUACAAAACUACAUUGGAUGAUUGCUAAUAGAAACAUGUAAUAAUCCAAAUGAUUUCUUAUGUUACUUCUUAGCUUUUUUCUAGCAGUGUUAAAAUUAAUAUUUUUGUUGUAGAAAGAAAUUCUAGUUCUCCACAUCUAAGUUAACUGGGAGAUGAAAUUUCCUGUUACAUCAUUUAUUUUAUAAAGGAACCUAUUUCUACAUUAUCUUUAAAAACUUAUUUGCACCUUCUUAUGGGUAUAGAAAUCAAUUUAUAUGAACUAUCUGGGAGUAGAAGACUAAUAUCCAUUUUUUGUUCUGGUGUCAACUUAAAUGUAUAUAUACAGUUUAAUAUCCUUAAAAGUAUCACUAACUUUAAAAUUCUCAGAAAUUGAGAAUAGAGUGCAAUUCGAAAAGUGACAAACGAUAACUACUAUAUAGUAGUUCUAUAGUAUUACUUGAUUGGAUUAAAUGUUGAAAAUGGGUUCCAAAAUUUGCAUAUCUGAUAACAGCACCAGCAUUAACAUUCAGAAAUGUGAAAAUGUAUGUUUUAGCAUAUGGCCUUUUGUAUACUUUUAGAUGAGAUCAGUGUAUCAAAUGCAGCACUUUAAAAGCUUGUCAAUCAUGGUUUAUAAGUUUAGUGUGCUUUACGAAGGAAUUAAAUGGGUGCAUUUUUUUUUUGUAAAUUGGCAUACGUUUUAAAAACAUCUAAUUUAAUAUUUUUCAGUGGUACCACAUAUUGCAACAGUAUUUCAUGGAAAUACAUACUGUAUAUGUUCUGUUUAACAUGCUGUCUUCAGUUUAAUUAUAGCAACACUAACAUGUAACAUGCAUGCGUGUCCCACUUUGUAUUCACUUGUAUUUCUGCUUUCUAUCUUUAAUAAAAAUUGAUGCUGGUACAUAUACAUAGAUUACACAAGC